AUGGUGAUUCAGUCAAGCAGAUCGCAAGGGUGCCCUGUGUGCAUUGCUGAGGUUACAGUAAAAAUACACGAGAGACGCUUGCUACCUUGCUCUGAGUCCAGUGAUCUAGAAAAUGUUGAGCAUAUCGGUUGGUUCCGCUGCUCCACGGCUGAUUGCGAACUAAACUGGAACAAGCUCCGGAUAGCGCAUGUUCAAAAUGUGGAAGAGACAAUUGCCGAUAACCCAAACUUUGACGUUUUCACCAACGGAACCUUACUUAUAAGGAAGGUACUACCAGUGGAUGAUGGGAAAAUGUUUAUUUGUAAAACCCAGAAGACCUUUGAAGGGGUAGGAGGGUCCACCACGAUCCUCAAUAUAAAGAAAGAACCCCCAAAAUUAAUACCAGAGAGUCCUCUGGAGGUUCAUGUCAUUGAAGGAAUGGAUCUUCAUAUGGAUGCUGGAGUUCAGGGCUAUCCUUACCCCUGGGUAACUUGGAGCCAUAAUGACCUUCUCCUUCAGAAUAUUUCGAAUGUCGAUUCACAAACAAGUCUUAAAAUUCGUAACGUCACUGUAUCUAAAGGUGGACUUUACACUUGUUACGCCAAGAAUUCAGUUGGACAUCAUAUCCUCACCUUUAAAGUUUAUGUUGAAGGUACUGAUUUUAUUUGUAUGUUGGACAGCUUUGUGAGAGUAGAUGUAACCUGUCAGGAGAGAGAAACGCAGUGA